GGGCGUGGCUUGAGUGGGCCUGCGCAGUCCGCCUUACUCAAGGCGGCGGAGGCGACGAGCUGGAGGAAAGAUGGAAGACUUCCAGGCGGCCGAGGAGACUGCUUUUGUUGUUGAUGAAGUGAGCAACAUUGUCAAAGAGGCUAUAGAAAGUGCCAUCGGUGGUAAUGCUUACCAGCACAGCAAAGUCAACCAGUGGACUACAAAUGUCGUAGAACAAACCUUAAGCCAACUCACCAAGCUGGGAAAACCAUUUAAAUAUAUCGUGACCUGUGUAAUUAUGCAAAAGAAUGGAGCUGGGUUACACACGGCAAGUUCCUGCUUCUGGGACAGCUCUACUGAUGGGAGCUGCACUGUGCGAUGGGAGAACAAGACCAUGUACUGCAUUGUCAGCGCCUUUGGACUGUCCAUCUGACCUCUUUGUCCAGCCUGUGACCUCUUUUGUCUCAACAUUUCUUUUCUAUUUUCUAACCCACCAUGAAUUCGGUGAACACCUUUCUCUUGUGUUUUGUAGCACUCUCAAAACGUAGACAAAUAAACCAAAUGACUGCACUGUUAUAUGAACUGCAUAUCCGAAAUCAGAUGAAUAAUUCUGUAGGUAGACUGGAGUUUGUAUUGCCACUUGUCUUAACUCUUAUUUCUUUUCAAAGGUGCUAAAAACUGAAAUCUGCUAGUGGGAAACUCUUUACUCUCUGAAAUGAUUCAAAUACACUAAUUUUCCAUACUUUAUACUUUUGUUAGAAUAAUAAAUUAUUCAAAU